AUGGCAAACGAUGCCAAUCACAAUGACCGUUCAGGUCCUGUACCUGCGACCGGGUCGCAAAACGGAGAUCACGCCAACGCCAAUGGAACAUCUCCCACCUACACAAAUCCUCAUCCCGGACGGGUAUUUCUUAGCCGCCAGUAUGUGGCCGAGGAAUGGAUCAAUCGACAGCUUUUGCUAGUCUUUAGCGACUCUGGCAAGGAGGCGCGGGAUCGCUUUGAAGGAGUCGAUCUGAUUGAUUCUCUGGUCAAUUUCUUGCAGCUUCCCAUCAAGACAUUUGAUGCAGCCUGCACCUUCUUCCACAAGCUGCGACUCAAGCAUGGAGAGAACCAGUUUAACACACAGGAUGCCGCCAUUGCCUGCCUCUUUGUUGCCUGCAAAGCCGAAGACACUCUCAAAAAGUCCCGGGAGAUCCUCUGUGCUGCCUAUAAUCUUAAGAUGACCAACGACCAACGAUCCCCGGAUGACAAGCUCUUUGACAAGUCUGCUAUGGUCAUUCAAACUCUAGAGAGGUUGACCCUCGAGGCCAUUGGUUUCGACUUUCGUUGCCGCUAUCCCCAAAGCUACGUAAUCAAGCUGCUCAAGCUCGUUCUGUCUUACGAGGAAGCACGUACCAUUUAUCCUGUUGCCCUUGACAUGUCGAUAGACAUGUACAAGACAUACAUGCCUCUGAAGAACACAAAUUUUGGCAUGGCCUACGCCCUUGUCGAGCUGUCCUCGAGACUCACUGGCCAACAUGUUGACAAGCUCAAGAAUAUUGAUUAUUCUCGGCACAAGGUUCCACGUAUGCGAAUCCGCGAGGGCAUGUUGGAUUUACUGGAUCUCUACACCAAACAUCACAAGCAGACCAAGCUCGGCUCUAGGUUUAGCCCCGACGCCUUUGUUCAAGUUAAGAUCGAUAUCAACAAGGAAAUCGAGGAUUCUGGAGCUGGUGCACUUCCCCAGUGCCCCUUUCCUCUUCCUUCCAAUGAAGAUUUACAUGCUACGCCGGUUCCGACGGACCCAAAGAGCGUGACCAACCGUUUUGUCUUCGACGUUGAUGAGGCCCGCCGCGAACAAGUCACUGUACAACAGUUUUUGGAGGAUGAUUACGAAGAAGUCGAGAUUGAGUAUGAGGAGGAGAUUCCAGAGCCAAUCCCUGCUCGGCCGCGCGAUCGUCAAAACCACGGCCAUGGCGGCAACCGAGGUGGCCACAGUCAUAGGGGACAUCGUGGCAACGAUGGUUGGGGUCGCGGCGGCGGUCGGCAUGGGAAUGAUCGCCGCCGCCGUGGUGGAGGCGGAGGUGGCUGGUAG